AUGCCUGCUGUCGAGGUCCCUGGGACCAACCCUCCUCCGCCUCUUCCAAUUAUUUCCCCCUCCAUCCUCUCCUGCGAUUUCACGCGUCUGGCGGAGGAAUGCGAGACGAUCCUGCCCUCCUCCCCCAACGAAAAGCAACCGACAGCCCAGCCCGGCUGUGAGUGGGUCCACGUGGACGUAAUGGACGGGGAUUUCGUGCCGAACCUCACCAUCGGGCCGUGUGUGGUACAGGCCCUUCGCCGACGCUUCCCCGCGGCCUUUUUCGACGUCCACUGCAUGGUCGCGCGGCCGGAGCGCUGGGUCGAGGCGAUGGCGAGCGCGGGGGCCUCGUUGAUGAACUUCCACCUUGAGGCCACGGAACACCCGCGCGAGAUCGCGCAGGGGAUUCGCCGGGCCGGAAUGAAGGUCGGAAUCGCCAUUCGGCCCCGAACGGCGAUCCCCGAUCCCCAGCUGACCGAGCUGCUCGCGGAGGGUCUGGUGGAUAUGGUGCUGGUGAUGACGGUAGAGCCGGGCUUCGGCGGGCAGGCGUUUAUGCCGGAGAUGAUGCCAAAAGUCCGGGCGCUGCGGGCGGCCUAUCCGUCUUUAAACAUCCAAGUCGACGGCGGGAUCUCGGACGAAACGAUCGAGACUGCGGCGGCCGCCGGAGCGAACGUCAUCGUCGCCGGGACAUAUAUAUUUAAGGCGAAGGAUCGUCGGAAAGCGAUCGAGGGGCUGCGAAAUACCGUUGCGAAGUAUCUAUGCCCCUAA